AUGUGUUACUACGGAAGCUACUAUGGUGGCCUGGGUUAUAGCUAUGGUGGCCUGGGCUGCGGCUAUGGCUGUGGCUAUGGUGGCCUGGGCUGCGGCUAUGGUGGCUAUGGCUCCCUCUGCUGCCGCCCCCUGUGCUGUGGGAGGUACUGGUCCUAUGGCUUCUACUGA